AGGCCCCCCUCGAAAAAAAGGGAAAGGAAUCUGAAACGAGGUUUGAAAAAUCCUGGAGCGGAGGAUGCGAAUUUGCGUGUUGGUGUGUUGCGCGAGGGGCGGACAGAAUACGCGAGGAGCCGCCUGAGUUUUUUUUUUCUUUUCCUUCCUUGCUUCCUUCUUUCCUUUUAUUCAAAAACAGCGUCUCUCCACGAACAGAAUCUUCUCCUCCAAUCUUCUUUCUCUCUCUCUCUCUCUCUGUACAUGAAUCUGUAAAUAUAAAUAUUCACCUCCAAUCCCUCCCUCUUCUCCUCUCUCUCUCUAACUCUCUCUCUCUCUCUCUCUGUCUCUCUACACCUGCGCGAACGCCGUUCCAGGAGACGACACAGUAUCUGAAGACGAUCCCAGCUGAAGGGGAGGAGGGCCAAUGGGGUCGAUCCCGCCUGAGCUGAGCUUGGAUUUCAGGCCGUCGUUCGUGCCGGCGACGAUCGGGGACCUCCUCCGGGAGGCCUCGGCCAUCGGGGACGCCCGCGUCAGGUCGUCCAGGCUCGACGGUUACGUCGCGCGGUUGCACGAGGAGAUGAACAAGAUCGACGCCUUCAAGCGCGAGCUCCCGCUCUGCAUGCUGCUGUUGAAGGAUGCUAUUUCGGCAUUGAAAAUGGAGUCCGAGCAAUGCGCUGCCCCGACGAGCGCUCGGCCUGUGCUGGAGGAAUUCAUCCCACUGAAGAAGGACAAAGACGAAGAAGACGAGAAGCUCGAACUGAAGAAAGAGACGGACGAUUCUAGAGACAAGAAGAACUGGAUGAGCUCCGUCCAGCUCUGGAACACGGAUAGUAGUGCCCCCGCCGUUCCCUCCUCUGAUCUUAAACAAGAACUUAAACUAGAAACCACGGUUAAUCAGGCACAGACUCUCCCUGCAACGCAAGAUGUACUUGAGACAUGUAAAGGGAGAAAUGGGGCGAGGCCAUUGGUGCAACUUAAGGGGUACUCGCCUUCUCCGGUGACCCCGGUCACUUUGGUCCCGGAGGAGAAAAUGAAAUUGCCUGUUCAAGGCCUCUCGCUUCUCGCUUCUGGGAUCAAGUAUCCGAGGGAAAAGUCAUUUUGCCCAGACACCAGCACGGGAUGCGGGAGAUUGAUUCCAUCCCCUGCCCACAAUGUUCAGUCGAAUUCGCCGAGCAGAGGACAUCAGCCUCCGCAGCAGACCGCGAGGAAGCAGAGAAGGUGCUGGUCCCCCGAGUUGCAUAGGCGGUUCGUCAAUGCCUUGCAACAACUCGGUGGCUCACAAGCUGCUACUCCAAAGCAGAUUAGAGAACUUAUGCAGGUCGAUGGCCUGACCAAUGACGAAGUGAAAAGUCAUUUGCAAAAAUACAGGCUUCAUACUCGAAGAAUAUCUUCUGCUACAUCUUCCCCAGCAGAUCAAUCAGUCGCCAUUUUGGGGGGUUUAUGGUUGUCCCCAGAUCAGUAUGGCGACUCCUCGAAAGGAAGUAGCUCACAAUCUGAUUCUCCACAAGGUCCGCUCCAGUUGGGUGGAAGCAUGGGGGCUACUACAUCAAUUACUGGAGGCAACAGCAUGGAGGAUGAUGAAGACGAGAAGUUCGAAUGUUACAGCUGGAAAAGCCAUGUUAACAAACCCGGUAAAGUCGAUGUAUAGAGAGUUUCAUCGGCGGUGAGUUUUUUGCAGAUAAGAAAUUAUACAUGGAGUUAGUAUCUAUGAAUAACGGAUCAUACAUAAAAAGUAGAAGUAUCUCAGCUGAGAUGAGAGGCUUCGAAAUUUUGCAGAGGUAGCUCUUUUUUUUUUUUUUUUCCUCCUUUUGUUGUUAUAUCCUGAACUCUGUUGAGUUUUGCGUUUACUCGCCGGUAUGAGGAAACUGUUGUGAGAGCAUAUAUGAAAGAAGUUGAGGCCAUGUCAUUCA